AAAUAUUAAAAAAAAAAAUCGUAAAUCAAAAGUCUAAAAUCAAAAAAAGAAAAUAUUAAAAAUCGUAACGAAAUUAAUUUCUAGUUAAAAGAAACGAAAUCAACAUUCCUUAGUGAAAAUUUACAACAUUGCACUGCAAAUAAAAUUAAGCAAUCGAAAUUAAAGUUCAAUCAAAAAUAUAAUCAAACGAAAGCAUUUAAUUGAGAAAAAUUAGCAAAUAACAAUCUUCCAAAACAAAAACCAUGACGAAAGCAACAACAAAGAAAAAGCGUUUAAAAAGCAUUCGAAACGCGUGCGCACAAUACAGAGAAGUGAGUUGACAAAUUACUGGACACCCUCCCGGUGUGCCAAGAUUUCAAUAGAUCUAUGUGCAGUCGGUUAAAUUGUAGAUUCGUUCAUUUAACUGAAGAUGACAAGGUUGAAGUAUGUGAUCAACGUGUGGCUGUGUGUCGCGAUCACGCCAACGGCCAAUGCAGACGUAAACAAUGUAAAUAUUAUCAUAUACCGAUUGUAUUGCCGCCGGCGAAUGUUAUGGCUGCCUACGUCAAUACAAAUAGCAGCAACAGCACCAGCAGCAGCAACAUCAACAACAACAGUAAUAACAAUAAUUUACAUAGCAACAGUAGCAGCAGCAGCAGCAGCAGUAGUAGCUGCAGCAAUGCAAGCAAUCACAGCAGCAACAACAGUUACAACAACAGCCAGAACAAUCAAGUGCAUACAAUCACCCAACAACAACAGCAGCAGCAACAAAAGCAAGCACAUGAACAAUACCAACAGCAUGCCAAGUCGGUAGCAGCAGCAGCAGCAGCCGCCGCCGCCGCCACCGCCGCAGCAACAACGCCCGGCAUUGCCACCAACUACAAUAACAAUUUGAUAAUAAUCGAACCACAACAGCAGCACCACCAGCUACAUCAACAACAAUCACAAUACAACUAUCAUCACAACAACAAUUACAUUUCCGCUCACUACAGCCCUAGCAACGGCAGCAGCAACACCGCGAAGCAUGCCACACACGCCAUCUACCAUCACCAACAACAGCAGCCAGCCGCCUUUCAUCUGCCCCACUUCACCUGCCAUUCGCCCUACUCGCCCUCCUCUGCAUCCUCAUCUUCGUCCUGCUCGAUCGCCACCUCACCGCCCGUAGCGCUCACCUCAGCCACAUCGACGCUGCCGACCACCUCCACCGUUACCAUACCCACAGCGAUUGCCACCGUGCCAGCGCCACCACCACCAACUGCCUGCGCUGCUGGUGGUUACCUAAAGGCGGCGCCAUCGCAGCUCACGGCAUACGCCAACACCGCGGCUGGCAGCGGCGCCUACGAAUUGACACCGGGUACACCAACUUUGUUGCUCAGCAGCGACUACAAUUCGAAUUGCAUUCCAAUUUUGACAGCAGCGCAGCAACAGCAACACCAACAACUACAACAACAACAACCACCACAGCCGGCGCCUAUGGCCGCCGCCACAGCAGCGCAGUACAUUUACCCGACGCAUCACCAGCAGCAAAGCGCCGCAGCAGUGCAGCAACAUUUGAUGAAGUACGCAGCAGCAGCAGCCGCCGCAGCGCAACAACAACAAUUCCACUAUGCAGCAGCGCCGCAAAUGUUAACUGCCGCCGCGCCACAACAUAUGCUUGCCGCUGCGGUUACAACAGCGGGCACAGCGCCGCAUACACAUGUGCUGAGUGGCGGAGCAGCAACAGCAGCGGGCGCGCCAACUACAACUACACCGCUAGCGGUAGCAACAACAACGGCUGCUGCUGCAGCCACGGCGUUGGGCGGUUGCAUAUGAAAUGCGCAAUUUAACGGAUACAGCAGCGGUAGCGGCAACAGCAACAACUACCAGCAGCAGCAGCAGCUGCAAUAUCAGCACUUGUGGCAACAACAACAGCAAGCACUGCACUACCAAUGGCAGCAGCAACAGCAGCAGCAACAGCAACACAUCAUUAUCAUUGGCAGCAAUGGCAACGCUUAGGUGCGUAAAUGUCUAGCGGCAGCUAAGCGCGCAGCAUAAAAACGCAAGCGCGCGUAAUGGCAUAUAAUUCGCGAAUGGCAUACAACCACAGCACGACGUAAGUUGCUAGCAACAUUUACAAUUUACACUCGAAUAUAUUAGCAUUAAGCACCAAAUGACCAUUUCUAUGAAUGUAACUGAAGGCGAUCGCGCAGCUAAAUUCGCUGGCAACCGCGCGGUGCAUCGGAAAGAGGUUUUAAUUUUCAUAAGUUUUAUGCACUCAACUUGUUAAGUAUUUAAUUUUUAUUGUUUUGUUUUGUUAUUUAAAAAAGAAACCGUUUUAUUAUAUUCUCAUUGUUUAUAAGCAUAUUGAGUCGAUAUCGACUAGCGAUUAAGCAGUACGACAUAACUACUUACGUGCUCUUUUGUGUGAAAGUGUAAAACAUAGUAGGUGAACAAUUUUUGUAUUUGCGAUCUAAUACAAGCAGAGAUAUAUUAAAUAAUAUACACGAAAUACUCCUUUUUUUAAACAGUUUUGCUGUGUUAUUUAUUUACCGACAUCUUUUAUAUAUUUUUUUUUUUAUUUUGGCGAACGAAGCGUUAAUCGAUACUAGAGUGAAUGUUAUGAGCUCAUAAUUUAAAAUUCAAAAAUUAAUUGACGAGUUUUGAAGGAUAUUUAGUUACCGAUCUGGAGGUCCUGCGAAUGCCAUAGUUGAAUGAAGUGUAGGAUAAAUAGCUCUGCGCGAUUUUUAAAAAGUAAAAUGAGUUCGGGUGGUCCUUAAACUAUCAACAUAUAAAUUUUUGUAUAGGACACCACUUAAUUUCUUUAUACGUAUGAAAUAGAAACAUUCCCGCAAAGUUCAAAAUUUUAAAAUAAUGUUUUGGGGGGUCGCUAUCAUUGUCUGGAAAUAUUGAAAUUUAAUAAAUUGGAAAUUUUUUUAUUAUGGAAAAAAAUCAAAAAAGAUACUUUCUGAGCUCAGGAUGGGCCAUACUAACUCUCCCUACACUCUAAAAAAAAAUUGUGUAGACUUUCUAGUUAAAAGGUAGGUUACUGAUUUCCUACCUUAUUAUUCGCGAAAUCACAUGCUCGUGCUGCUGUGGUGUGUGGAAAUUUACUACGAAAGUGUGUAAAAGCUACAAAA